GAAUUAAUUGAGCAAUAGAAAAAAAUAAUAGAUGUGCUUUUAAAGUUCAGUCUUUCAGAAUUUGUUGGACGUAUGGCCAGUGCUUUCUGCUACUGAGGUACAUAUUUCUCACUGGUAACAGAUAUUUGUUCAUGUUGGGCUGCCUAAACUAGCUGAUAACUUUCACCUCCUACUGCUUCUUUGGUAAAACUUUGCCCAAGAUUAAUAGUUACUUCCCCAAAUCCAAAAGCCUCUUUUUACUCUUACUCCACUUGGCCUGUGAAAUAUCAGCAACUGAAAUAUCAGCAACUGAUAUUUCUGUGCCUUCCAGGAGCCUUUUCUCUCCUGAUUUUCCUUUUGGCCUUCUGACCAUUUCUGUUUAGUUAUUUUUGACAGGGUUUUAUGGCUUUAUUUUAAAUGUUGAUUGUUCUGAGGAUUUCUUGCUGAUCCCUUUUUUUUGUAUCUCUUCCCCAAAUAAUCUCAUCCACUCCUCGUAGCUUUUGGGGGCACCUGGGUUCUAGUAUCUUACAAAUCUGUAGACCUUUUUCUGUUCUCCUAGUUCCUGUUAUAUUUCUCCAUUGGAGGCGUCAGCCAGCACUUCAGACUCAUGGUCUCUCUAUUUUCCUCCCUCCUUUGCCCUUCUGGAUCUCUGGUGCCCUGUGCCCUAUUUGGAGAGGUAGUGGAACAGAGUGUCUAGGAGUCCAGGCUUUGUGCACACCAGCUCUGCAUUGCCAAAGUGUACACCUUGGUGCAUUUCUUAGCCGUUCCAUAUUUGUUUUGAACUCGUGAUGUAGGCAUAAGUAUGAUAGACCUUCAUUUCUCUACUCAUGUACUCCCCUGAGGUUUCUUUUCCCCUGUUCUCCACAUAGUGAUCCAUUUCAGAGAUUGUUGUGAGGAUUAUCUGAUAAAAAAUCCUUUCCUGGAAGUAGGUGGGGUACACUUCGCAACACUUGGCUUUGCUCCUCUGCUCUGGGAUGAAGUGACAUGCUCAUCUCCUUUUCUGUUAAACAUUGUACUGGACAAUGUAGUAAUGGAAGAAAAAUAAAAAGCAUAACAAUUGAAAUGAAGAAAUAAAACCAUUAAUAUUCACAGAAUACAUGGUUGUUUAUGUAGAAAAGCCAAAAGAAUCAAUGGAUAAUCUGUUGGAAUUAAUAUGUGAAUUUGGCAAUAUCUCUGAAUAUAAAUAAGUCCAAUAUAUAAAAAUCAGUCAUAUUUCUAUAUACCAGCAAAAACAAAAAAUUUAAUAAAGAUACCACUUACAAUCAAAUACCUAGAAGUAAAUCUUAGCAAAAAAUGUUUCCUACAGUGUUUUCUAUAUUAAAAACUAGAAAAUGUUAUUUAAAAAUUAAAGAAGACUUAAAUAAAUGGGAAAAAACACACCAUGGUAAUGGAUCAGGAGAUACGAUAUUACAAUGAUAUCAGUUCUAUCCAUUUGCAGUUUCAGUGCACUUCAGUAUAAAUUUUAGGGGGGUUUUUGAGGGAGAAGGUGUGGAGUGAGAAGUGUAGGAGGCAUUAAACAGACUUACUCUAAAAUUUAUAUAAAAAUGCAUUGGGCCAAGAAUAGAUAAGGCAAUCUUAAAGAACGAAGUAUCCAGACCAAUUAUCAAGCUAUAGUAAUUAAGUCACUGAGUAAUGGCACAGUGAUGGAUUGACCAGUGGAACAGAAUAGAGGGUCUAGCAAACAGACCCAUCUAUAUAUGGUCACUUGAUUUAUGACAGAUGUGGCAGUGCAGUGCUGUGGAGAAGAAACAUCUUUUUAAUAAGUGUGCUGGGUUAAUCCCCAUAAAGAUAAAAUGAACCUUGGCCCAUUAUACCAUGUACAAAAAUAAAUGCCAAAUGGAUUGUAGAUCUGAAUGUGAGUGUUAAAACAAAACUUUUACAAAACUUUUAACAGGAAAACAUUUUCAUGAUUUUGGGCAAAGACUUAAUGAGACACAAAAAUGCUCACUGUAAAGGAAAAGUUCUGAUAAAUGAACUCUAUUACAACUAAGAAAUUUUGUCUAUCAAAAGAUAACAUUGAGAGAGUGAAAGGCAAGCUGCAGAGAUGGGGAAGACAUUUCCAAUACAAGUAUCAAUCAAAGGACUUGAACCCAGAAUAUCUAAAGAACUCUUAGAAGUGUCUCUUUUUUUUUUUAGGCAGAUAUCCUAUGAGAAAAAUGGGCAAAAGACUUGAACAUUUUCUUCAAAAGAGGCUAUCCAAAAGAUCAAUAAAUCCAUGAAAAGUUACCAUAGUUCAUCAGUCAUCAGGGAAAUACAAAUUUCACCAUGCAGUAGUAAUGCUACAUGCCUACCAGAAUAGAAGCAGGGCCGUCCUGUCUUGGCAGCAUGCUCAUGCCUGUUCAGGAGACUGCUUGGGAAGAGCUCAUUCGCACUGGCCAGAUGACACCUUUUGGCACCCAGAUUCCUCAGAAACAGGAGAAAAAGCCUAGAAAACUAAUGCUCAACGAAGCAUCAGGCUUUGAAAAGUAUUUGGCAGAUCAAGAAAAACUAUCUUUUGAAAGGAAGAAGCAAGCUUGUAAUAAAAGGGCAGCUAGAAAAACUCCAGCCUUGGUCAAUUCUAAGCUGAGCCCAACACUCAAUGAAAAGAAACCAAAUAGGAGAAGCAAAGUUCUCUCAAAAACAGACAAGCGCUUGAAAAAACACGUCAAGAAACUCCAGAAGAGAGCUCUUCAGUUCCAGGGGAAAUUGAGACUGCCGAUGGGAAAGAAACCCUUGGAGUCUAAUGUGAAGCCAAUGGCAGAAGGAGACUCUGAGGGUGAAGAGUCUGAGUACAUACCCACAGGGGAGGAGGAGCAGGAGGAGGCAGCAGGGGCUGAUCUGUCAGGAGAAGGCACUGAGUCUGAACUAGGAUCUGUGCUCAAGCACUGUAAAUGGCAGAAGAAAGGCAUAGCACAAGAGGUGGAUGACGACUUUUUUUCAAGUUCUGGGGAAGAAGAUGAAACCAUCACAGGAGGAAGAGGACGAGGAAGUCGGAAAGUAGUGAGAUGCCGAGACGAUGGAGAUGAAGAUUAUUAUAAGCAACGGUUAAGGAGAUGGAAUAAACUGAGACUGCAGGACAAAGAGAAGUGUCUGAAGCUUGAAGAUGAUUCUGAGGAAAGUGAUGCUGAAUUUAAUGAAGGUUUUAAAAUUCCAGGUUUUCUGUUCAAAAAGCUCUUUAAGUACCAGCAGACAGGUGUUAGGUGGCUAUGGGAAUUGCACUGCCAGCAGGCAGGAGGAAUUCUGGGAGACGAAAUGGGAUUGGGCAAGACCAUCCAGAUAAUUGCCUUCUUGGCAGGUCUGAGCUACAGCAAGAUCAGGACUCGUGGUUCAAAUUACAGGUUUGAUGGCUUGGGUCCAACUAUCAUUGUCUGUCCAACAACAGUGAUGCAUCAGUGGGUGAAGGAAUUUCACAUGUGGUGGCCUCCAUUCAGAGUGGCAAUUCUACAUGAGAGUGGUUCCUGUACCCGCAAAAAGGAGAAACUAAUUCGAGAUAUUGCUCGUUGUCAUGGAAUUUUGAUCACUUCUUAUUCCUACAUUCGACUGAUGCAGGAUGAUAUUAGCAGUCAUGACUGGCACUAUGUGAUCUUGGAUGAAGGACACAAAAUUAGAAAUCCAAAUGCUGCCAUUACCCUUGCUUGCAAACAGUUCCGCACCCCUCAUCGCAUUAUCUUGUCUGGCUCACCGAUGCAAAAUAACCUUCGUGAACUGUGGUCGCUCUUUGACUUUAUCUUCCCAGGAAAGUUAGGCACAUUGCCUGUGUUUAUGGAGCAAUUCUCAGUCCCUAUCACCAUGGGAGGAUAUUCAAAUGCCUCCCCAGUACAGGUUAAAACUGCUUAUAAGUGUGCAUGUGUUUUACGAGAUACCAUAAAUCCAUACCUACUAAGGAGAAUGAAAUCAGAUGUCAAAAUGAGCCUUUCUUUGCCGGAUAAAAAUGAACAGGUCUUAUUUUGCCGUCUUACAGAUGAACAACAUAAAGUCUAUCAAAAUUUCAUUGAUUCCAAAGAAGUUUACAGAAUUCUCAAUGGAGAGAUGCAGAUUUUCUCUGGACUUAUAGCCCUAAGAAAAAUUUGCAACCAUCCUGAUCUCUUUUCUGGAGGCCCCAAGAAUCUCAAAGGUAUUCCAGAUGAUGAACUAGGAGAAGAUCAGUUUGGAUACUGGAAACGCUCUGGGAAAAUGAUAGUGGUUGAAUCCUUGUUGAAGAUAUGGCACAAGCAGGGUCAACGAGUAUUGCUAUUUUCUCAGUCAAGGCAGAUGUUGGGCAUACUUGAAAUAUUCCUUAGAGCCCAAAACUAUUCCUAUCUCAAAAUGGAUGGUACCACUACAAUAGCUUCAAGACAACCACUGAUUACAAGAUACAAUGAGGACACAUCCAUAUUUGUGUUUCUUCUGACCACUCGGGUGGGUGGCCUGGGAGUCAACCUAACAGGGGCAAACAGAGUCAUCAUUUAUGACCCCGACUGGAAUCCAAGCACAGAUACACAGGCCCGGGAGCGAGCGUGGAGGAUAGGCCAGAAGAAGCAGGUGACGGUGUAUAGGCUUCUGACUGCGGGCACCAUUGAAGAAAAGAUUUAUCACCGACAAAUCUUCAAGCAGUUUUUGAUAAAUAGAGUGCUAAAAGAUCCAAAGCAAAGGCGAUUUUUCAAGUCCAAUGAUCUUUAUGAGCUGUUUACUCUGACUAGUCCUGAUGCAUCCCAGAACACUGAAACGAGUGCUAUUUUUGCAGGAACUGGUUCAGAUGUUCAGGCAUCCAAACUCCAUUUAAAAAGAAAACUUCAACCAGCCUUUGGAACAGACCAUAAUGUUCUAAUAAGCAAAAGGUUCCCUGAUUCUAAUGUAUCUGCAAAUGAUGCCAUGUCAUCUGAAGAGAAAUCUACAACUGUAGGAGCUGAAGUGAAUGUACCUUCUGAUCAAGGCGAUCCUUUGAGAGAUGAUCCUCAGACACCUAGUAAUCUAAUGAGCAGUGACAGACUUGUAGAAAAGACAGAUGCAGUGUCUAGGCUAGAGUGCUCAUCAGUGAUGAGUGGAAAUGGGGAGUGUUCAAAUUCUCCAAGAAUCAAUAAAAUGUACAGGACAUCUGGUGAGGAAAGCAUCGGUGAAAAACAAAGUUUUUCUGACAAAAGAGAAAGUUGCCAGGUUCAAACAGAACCUCUUUGGGAGAAUGAACAAAUUGAAAAUAAUUUUUGUAAGCACAAGUCAAAAACAAAACAUAGUGUAGCAGAAGAGACCCAGGAGAAACAGCUGAGGCCAAAGCAAAUGUCUAAGAACUCUAAGCGUUGCAGAGACGCCAAGUUUGAAGGAACCCGAAUUCCACACCUAGUGAAGAAAAGGCAGUACCAGAAGCAAAACAGCGAAAAUGGGAGUGAGAACAAGGAACAGAGCAAUGAUGAUUAUGUUUUGGAAAAGCUUUUUAAAAAAUCAGUUGGUGUGCACAGUGUCAUGAAACACGAUGCCAUUAUGGAUGGAGCCAGUCCAGAUUAUGUGCUGGUGGAGGCAGAGGCCAACCGAGUGGCUCAGGAUGCUCUGAAAGCCCUGAGACUCUCUCGUCAACGGUGUCUGGGAGCAGUGUCUGGUGUUCCCACCUGGACCGGCCACAGGGGGGUUUCUGGUGCGCCAGGAAUAAAGAGUAGAUUUGGUCAGAAAAGGAAUUCCAGCUUCUCUGUGCAGCUGUCUUCUUCAGCAUCUCCAAAGGAGAAAUGCCAGGAUGGCAUCAUGAAAAAGGAUGGAAAAAAUCAUGUUUCUGAGCAAUUUAGUGGAAAAGUGGAAGAUGCAGAAUCCUUAUCCAGGGCCCUCACUUCAUCCUCACUCUUGGCUAAAAUGAGGGCUAGAAACCAUCUGAUUUUGCCAGAGCGGUUAGAAAGUGAAAACGUGCAACUUCAAGAGGCUUCUGCUCCGCCACCCUCCACCACAGAACACGAUGACCUUCUGGUAGAAAUGAGAAACUUCAUUGCUUUUCAGGCCCACGUGGAUGGCCAGGCCAGCACUCGAGAGAUACUACAGGAAUUCGAAUCCAAGUUAUCAGCUUCACAGUCUUGUGUCUUUCGAGAACUAUUGAGAAAUCUCUGUACUUUUCAUAGAACUUCUGGUGGUGAAGGAAUUUGGAAACUCAAGCCAGAAUACUGCUGAUUAGCAUUAAUUUCUAAACUUCUAAUUGACUUUUUCUAAUGGAAAAUUCUGGUUAUUAAUCCUAUGAUUAAUAAUCAUGUUUGUUGACAGACGUUGGCUGCAUUUGAUAUUUACUUUGAAUGAUAUCUACCUCAUAAUUAAAACUUUAAUGAAGAAGAAGUUCUUCAAAACUUAAAAGUAUUAAAAAUAUUUGGGUUAUUUUUUUUUUAUUUGGUACUACAAAUUAUGUUAUAAAAUCAGGGACCUAACAGUUAAUCCUUGGAAUACAUUUGUUCAUUUUCCCAAAAGAUGCUAUCAGGGAGCACAUUACUGUUCAUGUAGAUAUCUGUAGACCAGAAAUCUCAAAAAUUAUUUUUAUUGGUGCUAAAAACAUGUCUUAUGUUCAGUCUGACCUGUUCAAUAAAUUAACUCAUUGGUAUCUGAUAACAGCAUUAUUUUUAGUGCAUAGCUUUUUAAAAUGUUUAUCAUUUGCUACCCCAAAAAGAUCAGAUUUGUUAUCUUUUGAAUCAUAUUAAUUGCCUUUAAAUAAUCUUUUAAGGGGCUGCUAAAUUGGCAGGUAUUUUUAUUAGUAAAGCAUGAAAUAACUUGGUAAUGGUAAGACGUGUGUUUGCAGAAAGUUGUAGUGUACUCAGUUUAUACUGGCUUUACUUUAAGCAAAAGGUAUCGAUUUUCCCCUCUAGUGACUUGGUUUUAGAAAAAUGAAAUGUGUUAUCUUAAAAAAAAAAAAAAAGGCAAGCAGAACCAAAAGUACAAAUAAAGCAACCAACACACACCAUGCACGGAAACAGCCCUCCAGACCACAACCAGAUUUACCAUCGUUACCACCUAGUGACUACUGUUCCAGCCUUCCUUCUGCUUCCAUGCUGGGAAGUAACUGAACAUUUUUAAUUUUAUUCAAUUUCCUAAGGGUGCCGAUUGCUUUAUAUUAGGCAGCACUGUUCUCCUCAUGUAUUUAUUAUCUUCUGUCCUGUUGUUUCCAAUGUAUCUUUUUUCUUUGCGUUCCCUCUGACUCUCCUAUUUAAGAGGUUUACUUUUCAGCUGCAUCUGUUCUCUUUCUGUUAUUUAUGUAUUUAUAGCUCUGUAAAAAAAUUUAUGUAUUUAUAGGUGUUUUUUUUUUGAGCCUCAGUUUUGCUUAGCCUUGUUUUUUUGUUUCCUUCUCAUUGUUAAGAUUUCAGCUCUGAAGUCUUGUUUUCUUAAAUUCAUUGCAUUCCUUAUAUUUUUUUCUAGAACUAUCACAGUGCAGUUUGUUUCUUGGAUUUUUUUUCUCUGACUUGCCAUUUGUCCUCUUUGAUUGUUCUUUGUUAAGCUUUCUUUCCUCUCAUGCCAUUUCAUCACCUCUUGCUCCUGGUAAAAGCGAGCAUCUUCAUCCAGAUCUUCUGUAUGCUCUUCCCUGAGACCCAGACAGAAAGGAUCUGGGCUUGGGGAUCAGGGAGAACUUCUGCUGGGCAGCCUGUAGCUUUGGUUGUAGGAUUUGGGUUUUACUUUUACUUUUCCAUUCUGAGAUUUUUUAAAUGGCUUGGGCCAAGAAUCCCUUCCCUUUGGCAGGAGGUGUCGUAGAGUAGUUAUUACCACCAGGAUUCUUGAGGAUUCUGUCUUUUUUUUUUUCCUUCUGUUUUUAGAGUGAUUCAUUAUAUGUUAGAGGAGGAAAUUACUAUUAUUUUCCUCAUUUUGCCAUCAUUAUCUAGAAGUCAUAGAAGUGAUUUUUGAACAGGUCAAUAAAUCCUAAACCUGAGUACUUGGUUUAGAAGGAAGUCAAACUUAACUGUUUUGAUUCUGGGAAGUUUUUUUUAUUUUUAUUUUUGUAAUCAUUAGCUUAUAAGAGAAUUGUGUCCGCCUUGUUCUCAGAUUGAAGUACUGAUGCAGGUCAUGAGUGCAAAGUGUUUGGGCAUCAUAUUAUCUGAAGUGUGAAGUAUAUGGAGCUAGAGAAGUUGUAACCUUGUCAAGUAGAAAAUGCCAUCAAAAAUUAUGAUUGCAGUAAAAGCCAAGUGGUCCUCACUCCAGUUCUUGUCUCAGCUCUGCCAGUGGCAUGCUGUGACCUUGGACAGGUCACUGCCCUGCCUGUGUCUCAGUGUGGCUAUCUAUGAACAUUAUCAUCAUGCUUCCCUGGAGGAGAGACUUAGAGAAAGAUGCUCUAAAUGUAAUAGUUUUAACAAUAUAGAGUAACUUAUUCAUUUAGAUAAAAUCUAAUUUUUGGAACUUUAAAAGCUUUAUACAGUGUAGAUAGAUUUAAUGUGUAUAACAUGUCAGUAUCAAGCUACAAAUAAAAGAUUUAAAAAUGUUGUGAAAUGUUUAAAUUCCUUAGUUAAUGCAUAAAUACACUAAUACUGUUUUUAAUAUUGUAGGCAGUACUCUGUCUCCCCACCAUUCUGCUCCUAUUCUAGAGAUAAGUGCUGUAUUUGGUAUAUUCUUCCAGUCUGUUUUACAAAUACUUGUGGCAGAGACUGCUGCUAUAAUGUCUGUUUUCUCCUUCCUUUACUGAUAAGAUCCCCAAGUUUUACCUGGACACUGCUCAGCUAAAGACUCUGUUUCCCAGCUGACUUUAUAGUUAAUGGUGGCCCCGUGACCAGGCAAUGGAUGUGAGAACUUCCACAUUAGGUCCUUAACUAAGGAAUUGGGUGUAUACUCUUCCUGUCAUUCCUUUUUCUUGUUGGCUGAGAUGCCAAUGGGAACUUAAGCAGUGUCAUGGGAUCCACAGUCAUGUGUUGAGGAUAGAGAAGUUGGCUUGCCAAUUUUGAAUUGCUUUUCUUGUACCAUUACUGAGAGCAAAAUAAAUUCCUGACUUGCUUAAACCA